AGUGUAAUGUUGUUUGAUGCGGAGGCCGGAUGGGUCGAAUGAUGCGGAGGGAUACAUAAUUGACGAGGAGUGUGAGCAGUUGCAGCUCGUUCUGUGAGUGAAGUUAAUCAAAUCAAAUAAACGCAGGGAGAGUUUGCAGGGAAAUUCAGUGACUACAUUAAGAAGAAAUGACUGGUCGUGCCAGAGCCAGAUCCAGGGGCAGAGCCCGGGGUCAGGAGACUGGAGCUCCAGGCGCGCAACCCCCUCCAUCUGAGGAGGCAGCAAGACCUGUUCCACCUCCUUCUGCUGAAGGAGAGCUUGUGGGGAGGGGAAGACAGAGAAGAGCCCCUGGAGCAGUGGCAUCCGAAGCCCUCCUCCAGAUUUCUGCAGGCUUCCAGCAGGUGAAAAUUGGUGAGAGAGGGGGUCGCAGGCGAGAUUUCCACGAUGCUGGGGUUCACACUCGACAACUUAUGGAGCAUGUUAAGGAAUCUAAGACAGGUGUGUCUGGUUCCAAAAUUGAGCUCAGGGCAAACUUCAUGCGCUUGUUGUCUAGACCCCAGUGGGCUUUGUAUCAGUACCACGUAGACUUUAAGCCACCUAUGGAGUCUCGUCGUUUGCGGUCAGCUCUCCUCUUCCAGCAUGAUGAGACACUGGGCAAAGCACGCACUUUUGAUGGAGCUAUACUCUUUCUACCCCACCGACUCCAUAACACGGAAACGGUGCUGUGUAGUGAAACUAGACAUGGGGAGAGAGUACAGAUUACAGUGACUUUGACCAAUGAGCUGCCUCCUUCUUCUCCUGUGUGCCUGCAGUUCUACAAUAUAAUUUUCAGAAGGAUUCUGAGGAUGCUGAACAUGCAGCAAAUUGGCCGCCAUUAUUACAAUCCUGAUGACCCCCUCAACAUUCCCCAGCACAGGCUGACCAUCUGGCCUGGGUUUGUGACCAACAUUUUGCAGUACGAGUCCAGCAUCAUGCUGUGUACUGAUGUAAGCCACAAAGUUCUGCGAAGUGAGACUGUUCUUGACUUCAUGUAUAACCUGAGAAAACAAUGUGGAGACCAACGCUUUCCUGAUGCCUGUACAAAGGAACUGGUGGGCCUAAUUGUCCUCACCAAGUACAACAAUAAGACAUACAGGAUUGAUGACAUUGCCUGGGACCAUACACCCAACAACACCUUCAAGAGAGGAGAUGCCGACAUCUCCUUCAAGGACUACUACAAGACGCAAUAUGGUCUGGACAUAACUGAUGGGAACCAGGUUCUGCUAGUCAGUGAGGUAAAAAGGAUGGGCCCUUCUGGAGCACCUCCACCAGGACCUGCGUUGCUCAUCCCAGAGUUUUGCUACCUCACAGGUCUGACUGAUAAGAUGCGCAAUGACUUCAACAUCAUGAAGGACCUGUCUUCUCACACCAGACUGACCCCAGAACAGAGAGAAUCUCGCCUCAACAGAUUCAUUACCAACAUCAGUAGGAACACGGAGGCUCAAAAUGAGCUCAGCACUUGGGGUCUGAGCUUUGAGAACAAGCUGCUGGGUCUGACUGGAAGAGUUCUACCUGCGGAGAGGAUUCUGCAGGGAUCUAGGACAUAUGACUACAAUCCAUGGGCUGCAGACUGGUCUAAAGAGAUGAGGGGACUUCCUCUGAUCAGCAGCAUGCCUCUGGAGUCCUGGCUGAUGUUUUACACUCGUCGUAACAGCGAUGUGGCACAAUCUUUGCUGCAGACCCUUAACAGAGUGUCUGGACCAAUGGGCAUCCGCAUGCAGAGAGCGGUCAUGAUAGAGUAUGAAGAUCGGCAGGAGUCUCUGCUGAGAGCACUGCAGCAGAAUGUGGGACCUGACACUCAGAUGGUGGUUGUGAUCCUGCCCACCAACCGCAAGGACAAGUACGACUGUGUGAAGAAGUAUCUGUGUGUGGACUGCCCGACUCCCAGUCAGUGUGUGGUGUCUCGCACUCUCAGCAGACCUCAGGCCCUCAUGACUGUGGCCACAAAGAUUGCCCUGCAGAUGAACUGCAAGAUGGGAGGAGAACUGUGGAGCAUUGAGAUUCCACUGAAGCAGCUGAUGAUUGUGGGCAUCGACUGCUACCACGACACUGCUGCAGGAAAGAGAUCUAUCGGAGCACUUGUGGCCAGCCUCAACCAUGGAAUGUCCAGGUGGUUUUCCAAGUGUGUCCUCCAGAGCCGUGGUCAAGAGAUCAUCGAUGGACUCAAGGGAGCAUUAAAAGGUGCUCUGAAGGCCUACUGGAAGUACAACAACUGUCUGCCAUCGCGCAUCAUUGUGUAUCGAGACGGUGUGGGGGAUGGCAUGCUGCAGAGUGUGGUCAACUACGAAGUGCCCCAGAUCAUGCAGUCCAUCAAGACCAUGGGUGAAGACUACAUGCCCAAACUGACAGUUGUGGUGGUGAAGAAACGCAUCGCCUCCAGAUUCUUUGCUCGCAUUGAUGGAAAACUGACGAACCCUCCACCUGGAACAGUCAUCGACACAGAGGUCACCAGACCUGAGUGGUACGACUUUUUCAUUGUGAGUCAGGCAGUGCGCUGUGGCAGUGUCUCCCCCACCCACUACAACGUGGUGUUCGACAACAGUGGACUCAAACCAGACCACAUGCAGAGACUCACCUACAAGCUCUGCCACAUGUACUACAACUGGCAGGGAAUUGUCCGAGUGCCUGCACCUUGUCAGUAUGCCCAUAAAUUGGCCUUCUUGGUGGGACAGAGCAUACACAAGGAGCCGAACAUCAACCUGGAUGACUUCCUUUACUACCUGUAACUGCAGUCACUUUAGGGCUCGUUGUCAUGACAUUACAGAACAGGAUCCAGGCGCCAGUUUUUUUUUUUUUUUUAGUAUCUGACUUCAUUUAAAUGAGCAUGACCGUUUUAAGUUGUUAAAUGAAAGAAAAUCGAAGGCACUUUUUUUCUACUGUUAUAGCAUUUAGAGAAGUUUUAGUUUUUUAAUGUGGCUUUUUUGUAACUAAUGCAAAUGUUUGCUUGGUCAUGCCUUUCCUUUAUUUUCCUCUGCCACAGAUUCUUGAAGUUCAAAAAUAGUAUUGUUCAAAUUAGCUAUCUGGUUAAGCAGCUUUCAGAUUUAACGUCCUAAAUAUAUGUAAGACAAGUUUAAAAGUUGGUAGCUGUUCAUGUUAGAAGGAAUGUAUUUGCAGAAAUGUUGAGAAUUAUGGCGGGUGCGGAUUGAAUCUUGUUUGCAUUUAAGAAGAUAGAAAAUUGGAUUUAAUUAAAUGUAUCCGUGCACUUUUUGUGAAUCUUCAUAUACCAUCAUAUUUCAUUGUUACAUGCUCAAUAAAUUACCAUCUUCAAAA